UCUCAAUCUCUCUCACUCAGUCCGUAGGGUAUGCAUUCUUCUAACACGAAGCACAUGUUGAUGGGUUCCUUAUUGUUCAGACACAACAACAUUUCCCUUUAUCCUUCAUCACGGUCACGGCGUUGUAAUUAUUGGAUGGAACACCAAAGUGAAAGAGAUAGUCAUCAUGUUCAUUACAACCACACCCAUCCCUCCAAAUACGCUAGAUGGAACGCUAGGGAGAGCUUCGAAUUCAUGUAUGCAAGGCCUUGGCAACGAGUCAACCAUUUCUACUCCAACACUGUCCGUGGCAACUUCUCUUUGCCCCUUCUUUUUCAAUCUCAGACCCUUCCGGUUCAUGAUUCUCGAGUUCCAGAAAUUUCUGAGUUUCAAAGUGGUGCAUCCAAAGAUCGUAGUGGGAAGUGGGCAAGAUUCAAUUUCAAAAUUCUUCUUUCCUAUCACGGUGGUUCUUUUGAUGGCUGGCAAAAGCAGCCAAACUUGAACACUGUUCAAAGCGUUGUAGAAGUGUCACUUGGUAAAUUUGUUGAUGAAAACAAAACUCAGCUACUCAAGGACAAAGGUUUGCCUAUCCAAGGUUGUGCUGCUGUUGCUGGUCGAACAGACAAAGGAGUAACAGCCCUUCAACAAGUUUGUUCUUUUUACACUUGGAAGAAGGAUAUUAAACCAAGAGAAAUUGAAGAUGCAAUAAAUGACGCAGCACCAGGAAAAUUAAGGGUCGUAUCUGUAUAUGAGGUAUCACGUGCCUUUCAUCCAAACUUCUCUGCCAAAUGGAGGCGUUACCUUUAUAUUUUCCCACUCACCGAUGGACAGGAUAAAGACCAAAGCGGCGGCAAUGGAGAGUCUUGUGACAGUUUUAUAUAUAAUGAAAUUUGUGAUUCUGACAGCAAGGAUGAGUUAGAAAAAGAAAAUAAAUCAUAUGUGUUCGGUGUAAGGAAGGUGAACCGGCUUUUGCAAAAAUUGGAAGGAAAAAUGCUGUCCUACAAGAUGUUUGCCCGUGAUACAAAAGCUUCAAGAAAUGAUGGUCCACCAACAGAGUGUUUUGUUCACCAUGCUCGAGCUAUGGAAGCGAAGUUGCCUAUAACUGAAAAUGGAGAAGAAACGAGGGUUAUGUGCAUUGAGUUAGUUGCUAAUCGCUUUUUACGCAAGAUGGUUAGAGUGCUUGUGGCAACCACAAUUAGGGAAGCUGCAGCCGGUGCUGAAGAUGAUGCCUUGUUAAAGCUUAUGGAUGCUACGUGUAGGCGUGCCACUGCUCCUCCAGCACCCCCUGAUGGCCUAUGUCUAGUUGAUGUUGGUUAUGCAGAAUUUGAACGUGAAAAAUGUUUCAUCAUGAAAGAUUAGAGCUUUGGUAAGUUGUAGAAAAGUGAAUUUCGAAGAAGAGAUCAUUUUUGUAAAUGACUCUAAAGGGUCAAUAUUAAAAGCGAAAAAUAUUGAGUGAGCCAAGUGAAAGUGGAUGCAUGCACGAAGGAUUUAAAUGAAAGCCAUCACAUAUGUGAAAAACUAAAAUUGUGCUUAUAAAGGAGGGGAAAACUAAAACCACAUUGCUCUUAAACUCACCGUGGUGCAGGGGAGAAAGUGGAAGGGGAGCAAUUUGUAUUCCCUCUAAUCGUGGAGGCACUGAUCUAAACUAUUGGAUAACACAUAUUCUUGUAUUUUGGACUCGGUUCACUCAAAAUUGGGAGUAACAUCAUUGUAGAGCUUUUGGUCAACAUUGAACAAUUUAGAUUGUGUCUGCGAAAUUCACAAUUCAUUUGUUGGAGGAAUUUCAGAUCUGAAUUCUCUCUUUGAAUUUGUGUAUUGACUUAACUUUUUCUCAUUCUCCAUUUAUUUAUCCAAUCAAGUACAGGUUCACAUCCUUA